AUGGUGAAUCCGAAAGACAAAUCCAUCGUGGCAGGGGAGAGCGGCGGCGGUGGCGGUGGGGGUGGGGGUGUAUCCCUGGGCAAGGGCGCCUGGGACUGCGACACCAACACCCCCAUCCCCCCCGAGAAGGAGGCGCUGGUGUUCGAGGAGGUGGCCACCAUGGACUACCCAUUCGAGGGCAUCCCCACCGUCCCACCGCGCAAGGACAUGGACCACUUUGCCUUCUUCUGCGGCGGGUGCCGGUACCGCGUCUCGGGCCAGCCAGACUGGACCGUGGCCAAGAUCAAGCAGGCGCUGUUUGACGGAGGCAUCGCCCGCGCCAACAAGCCAGAGGGCGUGCGGAACACGCCGGGCAUCCAGGCAUGGAGCGAUCUCGCCCUCAUCUACGCCGGUCAGCGCAUGGAGGACGAGAAGACCCUGGCAGAGUACCACGUGCCUCCAGGCUGCAAGACCAUGAUAGCCAUCGAGGGCGCCAAGCUGGACCAGAGGCGGCCAGACCCAGACUCGGCAUACUGGAACUAG